CAAAGGGAGCACGGAGAAGGCAACUUGAAACUUGGGAGUCUGCUCCAACCCCGUUGAACACCGCAACUGCCAAGAAAUAAUGUGACAAAAGUUAGCAACUUGUCUGCAUCUCCAUAGCGUGACCAGCGCAGGGCACGGUCCGCCCCUCUGAUAAGUGCACCAGGGUGGGGAAACGACAAGGCGAGUACUGUUAGCUCCGAAUGGGACCGUUGCGCAAGCAACUUUCAACCCUCGGAGUUUUUGUUUGUUUGUUUGUGGAGGUUUGAGCAUGACCUUGCGGGAGGCAGCGCGUCCGAACUCGAAAUGGGCAUUGAGUAGACCGGUGCCCCCGUCGUGGUAUAGCCUUGACUUUGAUGAACUGAAAAUGCCAUCCAGAAGCCACUGGCACCUGCUGGGGCAGUGCUGAGCAAGGGUCAGCACUGCGGAGCCGGACAGUUGUGUCUAUGAGCCAGAGGUAGGCAGUGACUCAGCCUCCUGAGAUGAAGACACUGAGACUCAGAGAGGUCAAGGGACUCCACUGACGUGGCACAGCAGAUACUCACCAACCUCGGUACCUUCUUGGAGAUGUCCUUUAAGUUCCCAUCCCUGAUGACAGCCUGGGAAACACAGCGCUCUAAUUAACGAUUGUCUCAAGCCACACUUUCUGGAGGAGGGCGGCCAAGCAGCCGGCCCCACAUCCUGUACCAAGACUUUCUUACAGGUCCUUCAGGGGUUCACUCGGGCUGAGGCUUACACCUUGAUCCCUUUUGCGUGGAGGAGAGCAUUGCUCUUCCCAGCCUUCAUCAACAUCAUCAAGCCACAUUGUCAACUUUGCUGGGGCUGCAAAAGAGGCCGACCACGCUGUUUACCCAAAGGAAGACAACACAGUCACCGACUGCAUCUCCUGGUCUGCCAUCACGUGCCACACCGAGAUAGCCCAAGCCUAGACCUAGACAUGUCUCCAGCAGACCAAAGUUCACCCUAGCUGCCUCAGAGGUCUCCCCUUCCUACUACCUGCUCCUGCGUCUCUGGAAUCUGCCCGUCUCCACACAGGGCCUCUCUCCUUUCUGUCACCACCACCCCCAUCAACACUGAGGACCCAGUAAAGUGUGGAGAUGGUGAGCAUGAGAAAGAGGAGCCUCAAGUGGCUCACCUUCCUCCUGCUUCUCCUCUUCCUCACGUCCUUCGUCUUGAACUACUCGAGCACGGGAAUGACCGCUGCCUGGUUCUCCAAGUACAUGGUCCUGGGCUUCUCUGACAACUUACGCAAGCUCAUCAAGUCCCAGCCGUGCACCUGCACACACUGCAUCAGCGAAGGCAAGGUCUCGCCCUGGUUCGACCAGCGCUUCAACAAGACCAUGCAGCCGCUGCUGACAAUUCACAAUGCUGUGAUGGAAGAGGACACGUACCAGUGGUGGUUGAGGCUCCAGAGGGAGAGGAAACCUAACAACCUAAGUGACACGGUCAAGGAACUGUUCCGCGUGGUACCCGGGAAUGUGGACCCUGUGCUGGGCAAGAGGCUGGUGGGUUGCCGGCGCUGUGCAGUCGUGGGAAACUCUGGGAACCUGAAGGGCUCCUCCUAUGGGCCUGAGAUUGACAGUCACGACUUCGUGGUGAGGAUGAACAAGGCACCCACGGCGGGCUUUGAGGCAGAUGUUGGGAGCAGGACCACCCACCAUCUUGUGUAUCCUGAGAGCUUCCGGGAGCUGGGAGAGAAUGUCAGCAUGGUCCUGGUCCCCUUCAAGAUCACCGACCUGCAGUGGGUGAUCAGCGCCACCACCACGGGCACCAUUACUCACACCUACGUCCCCGUGCCCCCGAAGAUCAAAGUGAAACAAGAGAAGAUCCUGAUCUACCACCCAGCCUUCAUCAAGUAUGUCUUUGACACAUGGCUUCAGAGGCAUGGGCGGUACCCAUCCACUGGCAUCCUCUCCGUCAUCUUCUCCAUUCAUGUCUGUGAUGAGGUGGACUUGUACGGCUUCGGGGCAGACAGCAGAGGGAACUGGCACCAUUACUGGGAAAACAACCCAUCUGCGGGUGCAUUCCGAAAGACGGGGGUGCAUGAUGCUGACUUCGAGCACAAUGUCACCACCAUUCUGGAAGCCAACAACAAAAUUCGCAUCUUCAAGGGGAGAUGACGCCGUGACCCAUUAAGGAUGGACAUACCACAUCUCACCUCUCGACUUGCAGCCCCAGCGUCUCACUGGAGCUAUUCUGUUCCAGAAGUUUCCACUUGGGGUGUUCCCAGGCUUACUGGCAGCCUCUUGCACCCUCAUUUUGGUAGCAUCUACUUGACAUAGCUGUCCAACUCUCCCAGAGUACAGAGGAAGUCUCAGGCCUCUCUAAGGUGGGAACGCUUCCCCACUGCGGUUCCCUAACUGGGAGAAAGUGGGAUACUGGGAAUGGGCUAACCUCUGAAUGAUGACCAUUAUUUUGACUUCUGGGGUGGAGGGGGAUAAAUCCCAAAGAUUGCUAUGUUCAAAAAAGUGGGCAUUUCCUGGAAGUCAUUUGGAGGCUGCCACUGAACUGUGGGCUUCAGGCUCAACUCAGACUCUGACUGGGGUGUUUGUGACAGUUAGCUCUGGAGCAGAGCCACAGUGGGCUACACCAGCACUGGGGCAAGAUUCUAUUCUCCUUUGCAUGAAGCCUGGCCUGUCACUUGAUGUGGCAUCCCCGUUGUCCCUUUCUUCCCAAAGCUCACUGAUGAUGGCUGGGAAGAGCUUCUGAUUGCAGGGGUCUUCCACAGAAAGCUGGCCAUGUAACUGACAGGAGGGAAACCCUCUUCGCCAUCCUGUGUGAUCGUCCUCCACAAUGAUACAUUUGUAUGGACAGAGCAGGUUUGACUCCUUCCAUGUGCCUUUGAACUUGAGGAAGAAACGCAUGCGUUGGCUGACACGAAGCAAAAUCCCCAACGGGAAAAAGGGGACCUCCACCAGCACCCUGCUUUGCUGCCUAGCUCAGAAUCUCUUCUCUGAGGAUACUCUGUACCACUCAGAGUGUGCCAGGCAUGGGAUGGGUGCUCACUUCUCUUUCCUCAGACUGUUGGGUUCAGGACCACUGAUAACCAGCAUCCUCCCCUGGGUCCUGAACACUGGAUCAAGUCUCUAGCAGCCACCUUCCUGGAGUCCUUGGGGUCACUAUGACGACCCCCUAGGAACACAACCGAAAUGCAUGUACCUCUUCUCCUCACUCCCGUCUGUUCUCCCCUUCUCCCUACAGACUUCCUGUUAUUUAUUGAUUUGUUCAUUCAGCCAACCCUGUGCGCUCUCUUCCCCAGUGCUCACUGUGUUUCUGUUGCGUUGCCUGGCAAGCGGAAGUAGGACUAGAAAGGAAAGCCUCUGAGCAUCCUGGACCUAUGUGUUGAGACAUCAGGACUGGGGGCCAGCUGGUGGGUAGAUCUAUGGCACUGAUGAUCCUUUGUACAACCCGUGCCACCACCCUUUCUAGUACAGCUGACUUGCCUUCUUCCUCGUUGCAGUAGGGAACUCUCUCAGACUGAGACCUCCGGCCUCACUGACGUGACAGCUCCUUGGUGAGGGAAUUGAGACAAGCACUGGUGGUAACUGUCACCCCCUUACAGAUGUUCAAUAAGAGAAGCCUCUGCUUCUGUUGACAGUAUUCCCUAAGGACCACUGCAGCUUCAUCAAAGCAGAAUAUGAGAGCGGUGUCUUGAGGGUUGGGAGACCUUCACUUGCAUAGGCUUCCCUCUGCAGUGAGAGCUCAGGGGUCUCCAUCAGGGACCACACACAGCCUUGGGCCAUUCAUAGGCAUCACCAAAGAGCAGACACCAACACUGUCAUUUUCCAGGAGUCUGUCCCGUGAGUGGCUUUGCUGUAGCAUUUCUUUCAAUUCUCCAAGACACAGAGCACAGGCGUUUGAUAGCGGAACAUGAUGUUUCACUUUGAAAAUCUCUCUGACAUUAGACCCUUAACGGAAAAGGCUGAACUCUUAUGAGAUCCUCACUCUGGAGAGGCAGUCUCAAUUAUCCGAGUGUGAGGAACUCAGCAGGUGUUUGCAUGUCAGUGGAUCAAUCCCUAGGACAAGUCAGAAGUAGUGGACAUUGGUGUAGGGGUGGCCGCUGGGUGUACUGGGUUCCACUGCCCGAGAGAGCAAGUAUCUGUAGUGAGAGUGUAGCCACGUCUAGCUGAACACAACUCAGGAAGCUCUUCAAGUUCUCAUUGGUCCCUCCCACUCCCUUCCCUGCUUCUCUCCCCCUUUCCUGUUCCUCCUCCAGCCAAGGAGCCAGCCUUUCUCUUUCCCAUAACCCUUAGCCUCCCCCUGCGAUUUCCUGGCUUAGCGGUGGGCUCUUAACUGAAUCAAAUACAGCCCGCUGAGGCCAGAAUUAACUCCACCAAUUCAUUUAAGGUAAUUGGAGCUUUCCUUGGGGGUGUGAGUGGCUGAGAACAGGAAGGGCCUUUCCCAAAGAGACUGGUCUGGCUGCUGACCAGAAGCGCUGGUCCUGGGCUGCAGUGCUCAGAGCUGAUCAGGAAGCUGCUAAGUCCAGGGGAAACCAGGGGAGUCUCAGCAGCACCCUAGACUAUGAGCCUGCAGUGAACCAGGAGACUGGUGUUUCCUGUGCUGCUCUUAAAGGAGAGAGAAGCAAAUCUGUAGUCUCUAAUUCCCAGAAGAGACAAGCCAGUGAGGAAAAUCCUUACAUUGAUACCUUCUUAGGUUGGCUUUGGGUCCUCAGACAACAGCCAUUAAACCAUGUGGAUUGGGCUAGUGGAACAGACCCAAGAAAGUACAGAAAGAGUAAAGGAGACCAGCAGCUAGGUAGGGCCUGAAGGUCUGGAGUUGCUGUAGGGUGCAGAUGGUGCUGCAGUCUCCGCUGCGGCCACAUGGGGCUGCUAUAGGCCCAUCACACCUUCUGGGAACAGGCCCUCCCUGUCAAAUGUGGGAAGGAGCACAGUGGAUAAAUGAGAACCCAGAGAUUGGUUUUUACCUGUGCCCUUCAAAGUAGCCCCAACAUACAGGGCGGGAGAAGCCCUGGGUGCCUACUACCCACCAGGGAAUAAGGUGACAAGUUCAUGCCCUCAAGGAGCUGACAGCUAAAGCCACGGGUUCCACCAUAGUCACCUGGGGUGAGAAAGAGUUGGCCUUGACUGCUCAGCCAUCAUAGCCUGGCUAGCCACUUUUGAGAUACCAUCAGCUUCCCUCUCGUCACUUUCACCUGUGCCCCAGGUACUACCCACAACCUAGAAGAAACAGGGAGGGUGAGGAGAGAAGGCAGAGACCGACAGAGCAGCGGCUCACGCCUUCAGCCACAGAGCGUAGUGACUGCGUCAUUACCCAAACAGCCUGUAGCCUCAGCCAGGCCCAGCCUUGAGCCUGCUUCCGCUUGCUGCUCUCCUUCCACUAAGCGAGGACCCCCGUCUUCACACCCCCACCUCUUCUCACUGAGCUUUUACCUUGGCUCCUCCUGCCCAGGGUCUGUGCCAUGACACCAGCUUUAAUCCUUUCUCCAGAGCCUUGUCUGGAUCUUGCUUGCCCGUCUAGGUGGCUGUGGGUCCCUCCUGCACCCCCAGACCCCCUGCACAAUCACUUUAGCCCUUUCCCCAGAGCCUGAUCUGGACCUCACUCAGUUCACUCCUGUGGGUGGCUAUGGGUCCCUCCUGCACCCCCAGACUCCCUGCACAAUCACUUUUCCCAGAUCCCCUUCAGAGCCAAAGUCACCCAAGCACUUUUCCUCCCAAGGUCUUCUCCUCCCUUGCUUCCGGCGCGAGUUCCAGCGUCAUUCGUUUAAACUUUGCUUUCUUGUGGCCGGCACUGUCUUGUAACCCUCCUGAUUGGUCUGAAUGCAUUUCCAAUGAUGUUAGUUGGUUGGCCUUCUUCAGCCCCUGCUUUGUUUUAUUUAUUGUUGAAUAUUUCCAAUGAUCCGAAUCAAAGUGAAUAAAAAGAGCUAUUUUAUUGUU